GUUUCUAUUGGAUUCUAAUAUCCAACAUGGCAACCAAGAGAAUCAUGAAUUGAACCUUAAUGUAUUGUAUGUGUAAUUAUUGGCCUUGUGUUUCUGCAGCAUAAGGAAUACAUUUAAGAAUUUCUUUAAACGUGAUAUUUUCUGCCGGAAAUCUGCUAAAUAUUGCUGAUUUCAUUUAAUUUAAUUUAUUUUCAUAAUGACGGAGGAGUACAAUACCACCGAAGUUUGUCGACUGUGCACAGUGAAGAGUGGUAUGCGAAUGCACAUAUUUGAUAAAGAAGGAGAACAAAGACAGUUGCUGUUUAAGAUAAGGACGUGUCUACCGAUUGUUAUCUCAAAAGAUGACUCGUUGCCAAAGAAAAUUUGCCAUCGCUGUGCUUAUAAACUGGACAUGUUUUAUGAGUUUCGGCUUAACUGCAUAAAUUCUGAAACACUGCUUAAAAAUCAUGUAACAAAUGGGACCCAGGUGGAAGUAAAACUAGAUAAGAUGAGUGAUGCUCAAAAAUUCGCGUAUACAGAAGCCAUGCAGCAGCACAUGGCACAAGCAGCAGCAUUGCAGUGCAAAGGUCAGGAUGAGAAACAUGAUAGGGGGCACAAUAAGGACGCCAACGAUUGCCAAAACCUAAUGGGAGGCCGCAUAGUUGACUAUCCAACAACAUUAAGAGUUCCUCAUGUCUCUCAGCCACUGGGAGACCAUUAUGGGAGCAAACCAAAUCCAGAGUCAACAUUUGUUAUUCCAGAUGAUGGAAUGGGCUUUGAUGAUGGAGUCAGAGUGCUAAGGGCAUUGGGGACAUGGUCGCCAGAUUAUAGCACCAAUCCACCACGACCUGGGAUGUUACCAGCCCCAGAACAUCCUUACAGUGAAGGCAGUCACAGUAGUGGGAUUGGAGGCCCAAGAAAGCUGCCUGCAGUAGCAACAGUAGCUUCUGCAGCAGCAACAACUGUGACUGCAGGAAAGGGGCGGGGUGGGGCAAGCAAGCCUGCUGGAGAAAGCAGUAGUGGUAAGAGUUUUGCAUGCACUGUUUGUGGGAAAGGGUUGGCACGCAAGGACAAGCUCGUCAUUCACAUGCGUAUCCAUACCGGUGAGAAACCUUAUGUGUGCGAGGUAUGUACAAAAGCAUUUGCACGCCGUGACAAGUUGGUUAUCCACAUGAACAAGAUGAAACAUCGUACACCAUCAAACAUUGCUCCGCUUGGGAAACGCGGUAUAGUGGAUCGUUCAGGAGAUGUGAAACAUGUGAAGACUGCGGAGAAGGAAGCGAGCACCUCUGUGCAAGCCCCACAGGCACCCGGUGUUACUUGGACCUGUGAACUUUGUGACCGCGUAUUUGGCACUCGUGAUGAGUGGACUGCGCAUGCUAAAGGACACUUGGAAGAGAAGAUGAUGAGUUCAGCGCAUCAACAGCAGCCAUCGUUGCAAAAUCCGAGCCAGCUUGGUGCUGGGUGUCCGAGUGGCAUGGCUCCAGCACCGUAUUUCCCACCGCACGUCCAGCCAUAUGCAAGCGAGCACCACUUCUGCCUUGUAUGCCGACAAGACUUCGGCAACAAGGCUGAUUUCAUGUUUCAUGUGCGUAGUCAUUUUGAAGGCAAACCACCAGAUUUGGACCUCUUGGCACGUAGUUGUGGAGGCCUUGUUGAUAGUUCUGGCCUCUGCACGUAGAAAUACAAUUUUGUCCUUCAUUACAACAUUGAAAAUGUAAGGUAAACUGUGACUAAAUGCUGAACAGAAGUUAUCUUGUAUUCUUCCACUUAGGACUGUGGCAAAAUAUGUUAGGAUAUAAGAGCAUUUCCUUGCAAAUGUUAAUUGUACGUGCAUUGAUAUUUUGGGGCUUCUGAGAGCAGUUAUUCUGUUAAAGGUUUAUGUUUCUGUAUCAUACCAACAUUUGCAUAUGUUUGGUAUGUAGAAUGAUUUGAUUUCUUUGUACCCAGUUCUGGUUUUCUACCUCACAUUUCUUGACUGAUGUGAACACAUUGAGAACUCUUUUUCCACAGAGUAUUAUCUGUUUUGAACUUGCGACAAAUUUAUUUCUUGAUAGCUCCACCAUACGGUUGACAAAAAUGUUUUGUCCGUAGUUUGGAAUGGUUUGAAAUUGAGCGUUGAAACACAAAACAGCUUUAGAAGCUACUGUUAUUGAAUUUAAUGUUUAUUUGCCUUCCUUAGGUAUGUAAUGACAGCAGUUUAUUAAGAUUUUGAAAAGAAACUAUUUAUGUAUAGUUUAAAUGAAGACUUAGUUUGGAUAUCAAGCUGUAGUUUAAUAUAAAUAUAAAGUAAGGGCUUGUGAUGCAACUUUUUGGGGUGGGGGUUAAAUUAUCUUGGAUACAAAUUUCCAUUGUCACAUGGUAUUCAGGAUUUUAGUGGUUUUGAUUAAAAUUCUGGACAUUAUCUAUCAUCUGUUUGUCAUAUCACGACCAGGAUUUCAAUGGUUUGGGCUAAAAUUCUGGACAUUAUCAUCUUUUGUUCUCAUAACACUAUGUUUUGGGAAUUGGGUCUGUCCGUCAUCAGGUAAAAUAUGAGGGACAAGGGAUUCCUUAGAAGGAGCUAGUUCAUCACUGGACACCUACUGAAUUCCAGGCCAUGUAUAUAUAUAUACCUUUUGUCACAUUUCAUGUGUGAGAUACGUGAAUACUUAAAUCCUGAAUAAAAAUUCCGAACACACAGAGCAUGAAACAAAACUGCACUUUUUAGUCAUAAUUGAAAUUCAAACCACAAACUCCUGAGCUGAAAAAGUUUCAGCCACAGUUAUGGCUAAAUAUCCAGGCCACCCAUCAUCUCUUAGUUGAAUUUGGAUUGAUGGCUGGUGAUAGAAUAUUCCAAAAUCACUCUAAAAGUGAAGCACCAAGUUUGGCCUAACUGCCGCGUGAUUUGUUGAUCUCCGUAUUGAUGAGGGGGAACCAUAUAGGUGACAUUUCCAGACUAGGUUGACUUAUUGGUUCGGUUUCACAUGCCAUAUGGGCUGAUUCUUUGAAUGAAAUUGGAUUGAGUUUUCAGAAUUAAUCUAAUGUCCUUCUUCAUAGGCUUGGAUUUUCUACCAACCCCUGCUUGAGAUAUGUUGGUAUUCUGUAAUGUGUAUUCUUGGCGGUUUGCCUAUUUCUUCAAUGUAACUUCUGCCAUGCUUACACAGUUGACUGUAACUAAACACAGCAUCUCGUAUCUAUUAGAUCUCUUUCAGGUCUGGUGUCUGGUUUUGAAUAUGACCCUGAUUUUAUAUUUAUUCCCAGUACAUCUGAACUUUUCAGGCACUGCCUUUACAUCUUAACUUUUCCACCAUGCCAAGCAUAAUAGAAUCUGUAUAUGGCUGACUUUUUACUGUGGGUCUGUUAAUUAUGGGAUCAGCGAAGUAUGAGGGGUAACUGCUGAGCGCCAAUACAUGUCUAAUGUUUUCAGUUUUGAUAAGUGCUCUGUGGUCUUGGCAAAUGACGCUUGCCGUGCUCACCAAACUGUGGAUGACUCCUAUCUUUACAUGGGGUGGGUGGUUGGAUUUGUCAGUAUCGUUUAGAAUGAACUUCUUCGGGAUUUGUUACAGUUUAUCUCUAUCAAUGUGUGGUGGUUAGUGUGCGGUAUUAGGAACAGGUUAUUCAACAUGUAAGAGAUAAUUUGCCAAGAUAUUUAUAUUUUGUGAUGUGUUCAAAAUUAUGGAUGGUAUAAUUUGUUCUUGGGCAAAUGGUGAAGUCAUUGGGUAAUCUGAUAAUUUUCCAUCUGGAUCUGAAUAUAUUUAAAUAAAGUGGUUGCACGGAACUACAUCCAUCCCUGGUGUAUUACUCUCUGCUGAUCACACCAUUCUGAUAUUUACAUGUAUUUUAAAAGGUUGCGGGGGUAAGAUGUCUUGGGAAUGUCAGCUAUAUCUGUUUUAGGAUUCAAGCAAGACAGUGGGUGGCUAUUAGUUGCACAAUAUUAAUAAUUCUCAUAUAGUGUGAAUCAGUUCAUUCAGUCUUCGGUACUAUGAUAAUAUCGCUGUUCGAGCGUCCUUUGGCCCAAUCUGCAUGUGACAGAGUAAGCGCUUGUUCUGGUAGAAGAAAGUCAGAUUUUUGUUUGAACUUCAAAUUUCAGAAUAUCUUAUUGCAAGUUUACACGUCAGUUAAAGUACAUACCGGUAUGUCUGGCGGUGGAAUUGUCAGCACCUGCAAAAAAAAAUGCAGCUGCCAAUGUACCUGGAAAACAAGUUACUCAGGUAGUACUCUUCUUAGGCUGAUGGCACUGAGUGCUGAAUCAACAAAUUAUCAGAUUGUGGCAGCACUGUAGUACUAUUUACUUUUUUUUGUUGAUUUUACAACUUACUACAAUUUUUUUAUAAAUACAAAGUUUUGUGGCCUUUUCAUUUCAGUGGAAUUUUCCUUUGGUUGUGAAAGUGUGGGACAAAGGAAUCAGACAUCAGUUUUUGUGCAGACUUGUUAAAGGUGUAAGUGGGCCAGUAUGUAGCGUUUCCGAGUCCAACACACUGCCAUGCACAUGUUGUCGGGCUUGGGUCAAUGAAAAUGAAGUCGAAGGUCUUGUAGCCUAGUGGUCCUGUCUCGUUGGCUGAUAUACCAUUAUUCUUUCAAGACCGUGGUCAUUGUUUGGAUUGUGUUAUACAUAAUUAUUUGGAUUUACCAUGAUUCCAGUGUUCUAUUUGGUAUUAUAUUUUUAUGCAUUAUUUUCUUGAAGAGAGUUAAAUGUUGUUUUAUCUCAGAAACUGUUGAAUGGUUUUCAUUUAAAUUUGGAAUUGGGAAUUUGACACUAAACAUUUACAGGCAAAUUUAAUUUUGGUCCAGUAUAACUCCCAACUUCCAUAAUUCUCAAAUCAGACUUUAUAAAUUUUCUCGUUGACAAAUCGUGUAAAAAGUUACUGAGUGACCAUAUACAUCAUAUGAAGUUUACAACUUUUAUUUGAGAUAUUUUUCAUUAUGGUGAUUGUUUAAUAAAAUACAAGAAAAACGAUUCCUGGCUUCGGUGAUAUAUUGGUAGUGUCAUUAGCUUUGCAAUAAUAGAUUUAUGUUUGCAGUAUAUUAACACCAAGAGGAGUGAUUUAAGAACGUUAACAGACAAUUCAUCUUUGAAAUGUGUUCCCCAUUGAAGUACAACAUAUCAUUCUGGUUUGAUAUGAAUACAGUAUUGUCUUUUCUGCCUCACUUAUUACGUUGCUGUAAAUCCUAGGUUUGCUACAUUUCCCAUGUAGGAUCAUUUCUUGUUUGUGUGCCAUAUUUAUUGUAUUAGGAUAAGUUGCAACACAUGAUUAUCUCAUAUCUGACUCAGAAAACUAGGAUAUUGUGAAUUAUUCAAAUAAUAGUUACAUUUUGUUUGAAUCCGUGAGAAGAAUGAAAACGUACGCAGGAAGCUUGCGUACUGUGGUUAGGGUAGUGAAAUAAAGAAGGGGUAAACCAGAAAUAUACCUCAUAUUGGGAAAAUAAAGAUAUGGAAUUUUGUGCGAAGUCUCUAGAAACACAGCCGCUUGGAAUAUCAGACAGGAGAUGGGAGAUAAUAUCUUAGUGAAAUAUUUUGAGAGGUUUGAACUUUUAAGUUCAGUUCAUGUGUUAAGUCUUUGGGUUAUGUCAUGAGAUGGAUAUUGCCUCUCCUCCGCAAAAUUUUACAUUUUACGUUUUGAAAUGAAGAUUCUUGUAAUCCUAGUCGGUUUGACAGGUUUGAAAUUGAGACAGUAUUCUACAUAAAUUUAGUUACUUUAAUUUGUAUAUAUAUUGCAUUAUAUUUUGUUUUGUCAUGGGCUUAUACUAUUGUGUAUUUUGAAAGCAAGGCUCAGUUUGAGGGUCUGUAAAGUUUAACAGGAUUUUUAAAGCUUUGUUCUAUAAGUACGGGUGUAAUUUGUGGUUCAUCACUUGACUUCUUUACAUCACUUCUUGUCAUUUCAUGACAUGAUUGUUAUGUUUAGUAAAGUAUUUUAUUCCUCAUCUGUGCAUAGUUCUGAAACUAUUUGAUUGCUUUAAAUAGUAUUGUUUAACAGGAGUACAAGCUUUGAACAUAAUGUUCCUAAGUGUAAAUAGUAACGGAAAUGCUCUCUAUAUUACCGUUGUAGUUCCUUAGGAAAAUAAUAAUUUGUAUCGGAACAAAGACAAUUUGAGAUUGAUUUUCCCAAGACAGUGUGCUUGGUUCAAAAUGUGUCUUGCUGAUAUGACAUUUAUACUUUAAUGUCUGUAUUUUAAUGGUGUGUUUUGAAAGAAAUUUGUGGAAUGUACUUAAUACUCAGAUCAAUUUAUAUGUGCCAUAACAUUGCACUUAACAGCUAGUAGUGUAGGCAUAUUGUAAUUACAUUUUGGUCUAGUAAAGUAAGAUUUAGUGUAACAUUGAAACAUACGUGUCAAAAGCAACAGUGAAAUUUUGAAGACGGCAUUGUACCUGUUUUGAGCUGAUGAAUGUCAUAUUGCUGUUGCUGUGAUCAUCAUGUAGGUUCAUAUUUUCAGCCCAAAGCUAAUGCUUCAGUAGGCCUUCAUAUUUCCACUUUUUAAAUACAGUCACUUUUCAAAUUAUGAAUAUUUCCAUUAUAUGGUGAGAUUUAAGGUUCUCACAGUGACGAGUAUGAAGGUAGCUAUCUUCUGGGAUGUUGCAGUGUGUAGUUGUUAAAUAAUGACCAAAGUUUCAGAUGAUCUUACUGCCUUGAUCAUCAGGGCAGUAAACUUCCCAGAAGACAGCAGCCUUCUUUCCAAAAUGAAUAUACACAUCAGGUACGCAGGUGUCUAAUGAUCGGUUAUUAUUUGAACCCAAUAAUUUUUGCCCUUUU